UCUGCCUUAUUCUCUGAUAAAAAUGUGGAAAAAGAUUACAUUUGGCAUUUCUGUCAGCAUUACCCAUGAUCCUCUGCCUCCUGAUCCAGGCCGCGCGCCCCCGCGGGUCUUCUCAUUGCGCUCACACCACUGUCCAGAUCCUGUCAAACGAGUCACCUGUCCGAACAUUGAUACACCUGAUUUACCGAACCCAAAGGCACUUUUAAGAGCCAACCUCUAUCUCUAUCCAUCUAUCUGUCUGUCUGUCUAUCUAUCUAUCUAUCUAUCUAUCUAUCUAUCUAUCUAUCUAUCUAUCUAUCUAUCUAUCUAUCUAUGUAUCCAUCUAUCUAUCCAUAUAUCUAUCUAUCGCAGCCUCUCUGUAUACAGUACAUCUGUCUGUUUGUGUCUGUCUGCCUGGCUCUGUGUUCAUCUGUCUGUAUCUGUUUGCAUUGCAAUGGCCUCCAAACAUAAACUUGACUCCCAGGAUCCUCAUUACCAAGAGGGGAGACGCGUGGCUCUUGAACUGAAACUAGACCGUGUUCUAGCUGAAGCCAGGACAGCAGCUGUGGAGAGGAAACGUGCACGCUCUGUAGGAGACCCUCCACAGACCUCUAAAAGGGAGUUUUUAGGACAUGGCAAGCCGAGGGGGAGGCAAGGAGGGCGACGCCAAGCUGCAGCUACAGUCACACACACCCCGGUCGAAUGCUCCUUGUCAUCCAGUGUGGAGGUUCCACUUACUGUACCCUCAGCAGAACUCAAUCCUCAAGAGCAAUUUGAAAAAAAUAUGGAGAGGCUCUCCGAUAUUUUGACGUCUUAUCCUUCUGCUGAGCCUCAGAAAAGCUCUGCAUCAUUAUGGUCUUUUCGGCAGCAGAAAGCCUCAGAGCGCUGGAAAGAAGCAAGACCAUACCACCUAAAAUGCCUUAUUGCAACAGAGGCUGUUGGUCAGCCAUUGUGUUGGCUUUGCCAUGAGCCUGCUGUUAUUAGGUGCAGAGAGUGUCUUCCUGAGGAGUGGUUCUGUAGCGACUGUGAUGUAUUGCAUCAUAAAAAACAGCCACUCCACAACAGGGAAUGCGUGAUUCAUGGGUUUUUUGAAGCCAUACCUCUAACCUCAUGCGUCAUUAAAGGGCGAGAUGGAUAUUGCAUCCAUGAGCAAGCUUGCAUUUUGCCAACAGUGAAGGCGCCAGACUGCUCCUGUGAAGGCACAAACUCCACCAUAUUACCGGGCAAACCAGUGAUUUUAAUUACCAUCAGUGGGCGUUUUGACUUGCAUCAGCCACUACAUGUAUGUCAAACGUGCCAGCAUCAGUGGACCCCUGACUUGAAGGACCUCCUUACACUUGUAGGAGUGGAUAUUGGCCAGCCUCUGUCACCAGCUCCACACUUUAUACACUGGACCUCCUCAACUCCUUUCAGGAACUCAAGGUCAUCUCUCCAGGAUUCUCCAGACAAGCCUUCGCAAAGCUGCUGGAGCAUCGCACUAAGAUUGGAGGAAGAUCUGGACAAAUCAACGGCGAUACACUACAGCGCAGCUUCUUAGAGUUUUCAUAUGUUUCAUUUGAGGAAGACCAGCUCUGCUGUGGUGCUCCUUUCACCUGCCCAGCCUGCACGCCAGAAAUGUUGGCUGUUUCAGCCGAUGGAAACAGAAAGCUAUAUCGCUUUCGCCGAGACACAAGAUGGUCUUUUGUUUCAGUCUUUUUAUUAAUUUAUUUAUUUUCUUUAUAUUUAAUAAUCUCUAUUAUUUUUCUUUCUUCCUCAGCUCUGAUGAUCCUGCCUUUUUUGAGGGGCUCUUUGUGGCUGAAGACGUUGCGGUGUCUAGAUUUGUGGAAACCAUACAGAAAGCAGUGAGA